UAAAAGUGUCAUGUCAUUAUAUUAAAAUUUGUUUGGUUAGCUUGCUCACUUCAUCUGGAUUUUUUUGACUCUCUAAAAAAAGCAAAUUUAUUUAAACAUAUUUUGAUUGUUCUUUUUCUCAUAGUUAAGAAUUUAUAAAGUAUCCCAAAAUGGAACUUUCUGCUGAGGGAGUAACUCCAGAAUACAUGGCGUUGGCUGCCAUCAAAUUCAAACUUUCUUUACCUCAAUUAAAAGAAAAUCCGCAACUUAAAGAACAGUUAUUACAAGGAAUAAAGGCUAAUAACAUGGCUCCAUAUUAUAAAGAAGUUUGUGCAGAUCUUGGGUGGCCAUUUGAUCAAAAGUUAUAUGAUGAAAUGGCAAAAGAAAAUCAAGAAAAACUUUCAAAGUUUCAAGAGGACGAUUCAGAAACUCCUGUUUGGCAGGACCGUUUGGAUUAUUUAUGCUCUAUUGGUGAUAAAGAAGUAGCAACUGCACUUGCCACUGCCAAAUAUGAGGAUUCAACCUUAACAACUAAUAGAAGGCUUGAUGCCAUAUUUGCUUUGUUUCGAAUUGCCUACUUCCAUGGAUGUAAUGUGAAGGAUAUGGGGAAAGCAGUGACAAAGGCGCAUGAGCUUGUUGACAAAGGUGGUGAUUGGCGUUCAAGAAAUAAACUUAAAGCCUAUGAAGCUAUUUAUUGUCUGGCUGUUCGGGACUACAGCCGCGCAGCUGACCUGUUCAUUGAUUGUGUAUCAACAUUUGAAUCGUAUGAACUUGUUGAUUUUGGUACAAUAAUCCAGUACUGCGUCCUGGCAUGUGCUCUAGCACUUGAGCGGCAUGCUUUACAAGCCGCUCUUCGCAGACAGGGGGCAGCUGUGCAAGCACUACGCUCACGAUUCCCAGAAUUAAGAGAGCUUGUAGAGUCUCUUCAUGAAUGUAGAUAUGCCGACUUCAUGAAGAGUCUAGCUUGGGUGGAGACUCAGAUCUGUGUGGAUCCAGUAUUCCGUCCUCACUACCAGCAUUACGUACGUGAAGCACGCAUCAAGGCCUAUGUACAACUUCUGCGCGCCUACCGCUCCCUCAGUUUAGACAAUAUAGCUGAUACAUUUGGUGUUACCAGAGAGUUUGUUGAAGAGGAGAUAUCUACUUUCACAGCAGCUGGUCGUCUCCAAUGUCGUAUAGAUGCAGUGGCUGGGUGUGUCGUGACGGGUGCUGGGCGUGGUGCUGACGCUGAUCGUUCCCAGCUGUACCAAGCUACAAUCCGAGAGGGUGACCUUCUACUAAACCGGGUCAAGAAACUAGCCAGCGUCAUUAACUUCUGAGUCAUUACUAUACUCAUAUAGUUUAUGCGCUUUGUCCAUUUAAGUUAUUUUAAAACACAGUUCUUUGUGAUGUGAUUUUGGAGUACAUCUGGAAGUCGUUCUUGAUCACUAUUUGGGUUACUUCGAUACUUUAAGAAAUUUUCGUCUUUAUGGAAACCAUAUUUUGUAUUGAUAUUCUACUUCACUAAUUGACAUGUCUUGUCAAGGCUUUAUUAGUUCAUAUUAAAUUUUUUUAAACAAUUCGACUCGACUGCAAUCAACAGACAGUAUGUUUACAUUUCUAAUUUACAAAAAACAAUGUUACUUUUUUUAAACAAAUUUAAUGAAAGUUCUUUUCCGUCACGUGUCCUAGUAUUAAAAAUAAGUUCUUAUAUACGAAAUAAAUAUAAAAAUAAA